AUGGGUUCCAAUCUCCCUCAGACCAUGAAGGCUCUCAGAUAUGAGAAGCCUGAGGUCCACAGCGUUGUCCAGGUUCCUCUGCCCACUCUCCGUGAGAACGAUGUCUUGAUCAAGGUCAAGGCUUGCGGUGUCUGCGGUACCGAUCUUCACAUCCACGAGGGUGAAUUCAUUGCCAAGUUCCCCCUGGUUCCUGGCCAUGAAACUGUUGGUGUUGUCGCUGCUGUCGGUUCCAAGGUCAAGGGCUUCGAGAUUGGUGAGCGUGUUGUUGCCGAUAACUCUGAGCUCUGCGGCGAGUGCUUCUACUGCCGUCGCGGUGAUGAGCUGUUCUGCGAGCACUUUGAGGCUCAUGGUGUCACCAUGAACGGCGGUUUUGCCGAGUACUGUGCCUACCCUGCCAAGAGAGUCUUCAAAAUCAAGAACCUCUCCGAUGUCGACGCCACUCUCCUGGAGCCUGCCUCCUGCGCCGCCCACGGUCUGGACAAGAUCGCCCCCAAGAUGGGCUCUUCUGUUCUGCUGUUCGGUGCUGGCCCCACUGGUCUGAUCCUCGCCCAGAUGCUCCGUCUGAACGGUGGAUGCAAGGUGACCGUUGUUGCUCCUGAGGGUCUCAAGAUGGACCUCGCCAAGAACCUCGGUGCCGGUGAUGAAUACGUCGCCCUCUCCCGCAAGGACCCCUCCGCUCAGUUCGAGAAGGUCAAGUCGGAGAACCCGUACGGAUUUGACAUCGUUGUCGAGGCCACUGGUAACCUCAACAUCCUCAACGACUCCAUCAACUAUGUCCGUCGCGGCGGUAAGCUCGUCGUGUACGGUGUGUACGCCAACAAGGACCGUGUCUCAUGGCCCCCUGCCAAGAUCUUCGGUGACGAGAUCAACAUUGUCGGCAGUUUCUCCGAGGUGUACAAGUUCCCUGCUGCCAUCGACUACCUUGACACGGGCAAGGUCAAGGUCAACGGCAUCGUGAACAAGGUCUUCAAGAUCGAAGAGUGGGAGCAGUGCCUGGAGUCGAUGAGGAACAAGUCUGCCAUCAAGGCCGCCAUUGUCUUCGACUAG